AUGGGCGCCUGGUCAAGCAAAGCUAUCGCUCCCGCGAAGCCGCCGCUGCCGGAAGCUAGGCCGUGGUCAGACCUCCCGCCGGAGCUCGCGGGCCUCGUCCUAUGCCGUCUGCCCUUCCUCGCCGACCGUGUGCGCUUCGGCUCGGUCUGCCGCCAUUGGCGCCACGCCGUGCGGCAGCAGGCGCCGGCACUGCCUCCGGCGUUCCCGUGGAUCAUCAGCUUCAACGGCCUCACCUACCGAAGCAUCCAAGACGGCCAAGUUAGCCGCUUAUCACGCCCCAGCAAAUCCACGGCGUGCUGGGGUUCCUCCGAGAACUGGUUGCUACUCGCGAGGCCGUGGCACGGCCAUGGCCCGAAGAACUACAACUUCUUGGAGAACCCUCUCUCCGGAGCCGUCAUACCGCUGCCGGGCCAACUAGAUCCCGACAUGUCCGUCAAUGGCUUUGCUGAAUUAGCGUGCAUCCACAAGUUCAUCGUAUGCUCCAACAAUGUUAUCGUCGCCACAACCAUCAGCUGUCCACUCGUCGCGUGUUGCCGGCCUGGUAUGUCCUCAUGGUCGACAAGCUUGCACGCCGGCAGUGAGUCCUACUACGAAGACAUCGCCUUUUACAACGGAGAGAUAUGCGCUAUCACCACAAGAGGAGACCUUUUCGCGCACGAGGUUAGCGUGGAUAAUGGCAACGGGGAGGCAACGGUAUCGUCCGCCAAGCAAGUGAUCAAGGGCAGCGACACCGGUUAUGAAGGUGGCAUAACUCGAUUCCUCGUGGUUUCUCCGUGCGGUAAUAAGUUGCUCAUGGUCAACCACGAGAAAUGUCACGGUCUCCUAGACGACGGCUACGUGUUCAAGGUGUUUGAAGCGGAUGUAGAGAUGUCCCGGUGGUCGCAGCUAGCAAGCCUUGGUGAUCAAGUGCUAUUUCUGAGUAGAAAGUGCUCCAAGGCCAUCCCUGCAUCUACCCAUGACGAUGAGUAUUUCCGUGGGGACAAAAUAUAUUUCCUGGACCGUGCACUUCAGGGUCCCAAAAAAUGUCGAUCUCCGACUGGGCUUACAAGCAGCGGUAUGUACGACUUGAGGAAUAACGCGUACCAUCCCAUCUUGUCUGAUAAUCUCCGCGUCGGUGAUGUGAUGUCAUGGUUCUUUCCACAUAAGUGA